UCUGAUGCUUAAACGAUCAAACCAAUCAAACCGAUCAAACGGUCUCCUUCUCCCUCUCUGCGCUUCCUCCAGCGACCGAUCGUUCAUCGGCGUCUUGCUUCUCCGUUGUUCGUCUCCGUUCUUCGUCGGUCCGUUGGGAGCCUGUAAGAGGUUAAUUAUCCGUUGUGGAACUCUAUAAAAGCUCUAUAAAAUGUAUUUUGAUGGGUAUGAUGGCUAUGGUUAUCGUGGAGCAUCAUUUGAGCAAAGAUAUCAAUGCUUCUCUGCAUCAUUUAUUGAUAAGCCACACAUUGAAACUGGAGAUAGAAUUAUAAUGCCUCCAUCAGCCCUUGAUCGCCUUGCUUCAUUACAAAUUGAUUAUCCAAUGUUAUUUGAGCUUCGAAAUGAUGACACUGAGCGAGUCUCUCAUUGUGGGGUAUUGGAGUUUGUUGCAGAAGAAGGCAGGAUUUAUAUGCCUUAUUGGAUGAUGGAGAACAUGCUUUUACAAGAAGGAGACCUCUUGCAUGUGAAGAAUGUCACUCUUCCAAAGGGAACUUAUGUUAAAUUACAACCUCAUACAAAGGACUUCUUGGAUAUCUCCAAUCCAAAAGCAAUCUUAGAGACUACACUCAGGAAUUUUUCUUGCCUCACCACUGGGGGCAGUAUUAUGGUGGCAUAUAACAACAAGAAAUAUUACAUUGACAUAGUCGAAACAAAGCCAUCCAAUGCAAUAAGUAUCAUUGAGACAGAUUGUGAGGUGGAUUUUGCACCUCCCCUGGAUUACAAGGAACCAGAGAAGCCUACUGCACCAAUCAGGGGGAGGGAGCAAGUUGCAGAAGCUCAAGCAGAAGAAGCUGAACCUAAAUUUAGUGCUUUCACGGGAACAGGAAGACGUUUGGAUGGUAAAUCUUCAAGUCACCAGUCCCAGCCUAUUUCAUCUGCUAAGUCAUCUGAGGAGAAGCUAUCCGGUGCUACUAGUAGACAUGGCCCUUCACAACAGUCUGCUGGAUCUAGCUCAGUCAAUGGAACUCGUCAGGCUCAGGGAAAGUUGGUAUUUGGACAAAAUGCUAAUCAAAAUCCUAAAGGAACUUCAAAGGAAGCAACAAAGGAGAGUAAACAAGAGCAGCCAGAAAAGGAAGUACCUAAAUUCCAGCCCUUCUCUGGCAAAAGGUACUCGCUUAGGGGUUGAAUAUAUAUCACGUAUAUAUAUAAUUUAGGCUCAAGUUGUUGAUGACAUUCACGUAGCGGAGCGGAAGCAUUGGAACCCUUUGAUUAUAUUAUGAAUUAAUAGAAACUCGAUUAUUAUGAAUUAAUAGCUUGCAAGUCGUUGAAGUUUUUCAAUCCUGCAAAAACUCUUUAACAUUCCAUGAAAUCUUUCUUGCUAUGGCUCGAACAUAAUGUCAAUGCUUGUGGAAGUCUCUUGAAUGAAAAUUCCUAAAGGAUGGGAGAAUAAUAGUUUCGAGAAUUCUUUA